CCCCCCUGAGUUCCCUUUCCUAGAGGAGAACAGCAUGAAGUGCGUGGCGCUGGAAUACUGCGGCUGCUAUGACUCUGACGACCCGAGCAUCCACUACAACACGAGCGAGACCGUGCCAUCGUCUAAUCCCUGCGAACACUGUGUGUGCACGGCGGAGUCGCGCGUCGAGUGCACACCCAUUCCGGAGUGCGCGUGCAUUUGGAACGGGACCGAGUACCAGUACAACGAGACCAUCUACGUGGUGGACGACGGCAUGGGCGUGUGCUACGAGGCGUACUGCGGUGAAAAUGGCAACGUCUCCUACCGCGUGGUGACACCGUGUGGCAGCACAACCACACCUACUGUUGGCAGCACCGCCAGCACCACCGGCCCCACUGUCGUCACUAUCAGCCAAACCACAAGCACCAUAUUCAGUGAGUGUUCCUGCACCUGGCCCAAUUGUCUUACACAAGUCCUGUAACUCUCGAUCUGUAGUUGUAUCCUCGUAGCUCUGGACCUCGAGUUCGACCCCACCUUGACUUCUCUCACCCGAGCGCUCCAGCGACGGCUAACGUGACAUGCUCACAUGCGGUAUCCACGAGUCUCCUCUAUUUAACUACAAUAUACUUCAACCUGCUUGAGACGCAUGAAUCAUCGCUUCUUUGGCAAGGGCGACCAGGAAUUCAUAGAGUCAAUUUACGUUCACAGAAUGUUUCAAAAUAUUUUACUGCUAAUGAAUCUAACAGAAAAGUAAAAAUAAUAUAAUUUAAAUAGAUUAAUUAGGCUAAGUUACUAAUGGCGGUUUGCUUAUGAAAAAAGCACAAGGAAUACUAAAUAAUAUCUGGAAGGAAAUUAAGGCAAAUAUAUAAAAUUACACAAUGUGAUUAAAUGUCAACAGAUUGCCUUCAGGUGGCCAGGAAACUUAGACAAAUGUGGACUUAGAUGAGA